GGCAUGUGUGGGGAACACCCUGGGGCGGGAACAAUUCAAUAUUCACAUGGGGAAAGGGAAACUCUAAAGCUUGGAUCAUUUAUGUCUUGGUAAAUACUAAAUGAAAUUGUGCCCCGUGAAACAUGCUGAAAAGCGCAUCUCCCCGAUUUACAAUUUACAUUUCCCCCUUCCCUAGUAAUUCCCAAUGAGCAGAGCUGGGGUAAAGUUUUUAUUCUUGUAUUGGCUGAAGAGCUAGUAAAAUUGUGUGAUUUGGUUUGCAUUUUAUUUUCUGCAGUAGGCCUAGUCUCAGCCAAAAGAUAAGCCCAUGAUCUACCUUCAGUCUCUCCAUGAAAUUUGAAAAUGUCACCAGUUCGCAAGACAACCAGUGCUGGAGGUGAAGAGACAAUUCAUAAACAGCUGAGGAGAUCCUUCAAGAUGGUGGGCCAGCAAGUGACAGUCUGGCAGGAGGCAUCGGAACGCUCCGUGUCGGUGGUGCAGUCGCUGGUCAACCACGCCGAGCAGCUGCAGUGCUGUCGCCGCGCUGCCAAGGACGGUUGCUCGGACGUCUUGCAGCGGUUUCCUGAUCUGAAGGACAGGCUGGAAUUCAAGUUGUUGGGGUCCAUGGAGGUGAUCCUUGCCAGGUUGAAAUCUCAGCUGCUAACUAUGGAGGGAGUGUGUAAAAAACACACCCAGCACAGUGCCUACUCGCUCAAUGCAUACCACAUCCAUUACAGGGAGGUGGGCGUGGCCAAGGGGUUGGUGAGGUCUGCAACAUGGCCGUCAAUAGCAGACAUGCUUCAGUGGCUUGCUGAUGUGGAUCUACUCUAUCGAAGAUUAUAUGCUGAAAAGCAGUGGCUGUAUGACACAAUCUCUUACGAUAAUUUGGACGAGUUCCCAAGUUUGGUUAGCAGGUGGAAAAGAAAUGACGGGGAACUGACCGCUGUGAAAAAUGUUUUGGCUCAUGUGGCAUUCUUCAUGGAGGAUGGCUGAGGAGAUUUUGAACCAG